AAUUAUAUUCAUCCGGUCACACUGGACAGAAAAAGAAAAAACAAGUCCGUUCCGUUUGUAGAAAAAAAAUAUUUCGCAGAAAAAAUAAACAGCUCUGCUUCCAUUUGACAUAGUGUCAGCACAUUCCGAUCGAAAUCCGAAACUCUCUAGGUCAUAAUCGCACAGUAUUUCCCAUUAUAAAGCAAUUAAAGCUCUGCAAUAUGUCGUCUGAGGAGCUGGCGCCAAUUAACGAACAGGACCUCAAGGAUCUGAAGGAGCGCAUGAAAUUGAUUGUGGAAGCGGAUCCAAAGCAAUACCAUAACGACUUUUCACUGCGGCGCUAUCUGCGCGCCUUUAAGACCACAGAUGACGCAUUUCAGGCGAUUUUGAAGACCAACAAGUGGCGCGAAACAUAUGGAGUGGAGAAGCUGGCAGAAAUGGACCGCAGCCAGCUGGACAAGAAAGCCCGCCUAUUGCGCCACCGCGACUGUGUCGGUCGUCCAGUGAUCUACAUUCCGGCCAAGAACCACAGCUCUGAGCGGGAUAUCGAUGAGCUGACGCGCUUCAUAGUUUACAAUUUGGAGGAGGCUUGCAAGAAAUGUUUUGAGGAGGUCACCGACCGCCUGUGCAUUGUCUUUGAUCUGGCUGAGUUCAGCACUAGUUGCAUGGACUACCAGCUGGUGCAGAAUCUCAUUUGGCUGUUGGGCAAGCACUUUCCGGAGCGUCUGGGCGUCUGUCUGAUUAUAAAUUCGCCGGGGUUGUUCUCCACCAUUUGGCCGGCCAUUCGGGUUCUGUUGGACGACAAUACCGCUAAAAAGGUAAAGUUUGUGGGGGAUGAGGUGGAGCUGUGCCAGUACCUUAUCCCGGACAUCCUGCCAACGGACAUGUAAGGCUUCCGACUCGGGCGCCUCAGCAUCUAAUGGAGCUUCUGUUAGGCGUAGACAUAUCUCCAAAGAGAACCGUAACCAGUACCUAAGUUUGCAAGGAGGCUUCUGAGAGCUUUUAUCCAGUACAGUACUCUAUCUGUAAAUCGAUGUGUUUAACAAGUUGAUUGUAAAAUGUAUUUUAUUGGACACAACUAUUAGUACAGUGCUAACUAUUUUAGAUAAACGUUUAUCUUGUAUGUGUAGUAUCUAUAUACCUGAAUUCGUACCUAUAUAUACAUAUAUUAUAUAUGCAAGUGUCUAUGUGUACAGCAAAUAAAGUUGUAAAAGAAAAGUCGUUAAGAUUAAA